AUGGCUAAAAGAGAAAAAAUGCCCGAGCAUAGCACGGGCAUAAAAUCUAGUUCUUUUAUGGUGUUUGUGCAAUUAGCAGGAGCGGGCAUGCAAGUUUGGGUUAAGGAAGCAAUCAAUGAUUAUGAUUUGCGGCCUUUAAUUCUUGUCUUCUUUAGACAAGUAUUUUCUUCUUUUGUUCUUGGGCCAGCGACGCUUCUUGAAAGAAUUGUUGCAAACCAGUGUUUGUUUAUCACUGGUUUGCAAUACACAUCGGCAACAAAAGCAAGUGCUAUUGCCAACCUAUUUCCAGUCGUCACAUUUAUACUGGGAUGUUUUGUAGGGCAAGAAGAACUCGCUCUCACAAAAUAUGGAAUAUGCAAGUGUAUUGGGACACUAGGAUGUGUUGGUGGGGCUAUUAUCAUUUCAAUAGCCAAAUGGCAGGUGAUUUUAACCUACUCGGGAUUAUUUACUACUUGGUACAAGAAAGGCUCGCAAGUCGGGGAGAGUAAUUUGGGACUUCUGUUCGUGAGCUUCAGCUGCAUUUCAGCAGCCGUGUGGUUCACACUAUUGGCUAAUGUGAGGAAUACCUACAAUGCUCCAAUAACAAUCACAUGUUUAACCAGCUGCCUCUCCAUACUGCCAUUGGGCAUUAUUGCCUUCAGCGUUGAGCAUGAUAUGGCAGCAUGGAGGGCGAUGGGUGCCAUGGACUACGGCGUUGCUCUCUACAGUGGAGCAAUAGGCACUGCCCUAUCCGUGUAUCUGAUGAACUUGUGUAUCAACCUGCGAGGUUCCCACUUCGUGUCGAUGUUUUCUCCUACAAGCCUUAUAAUUGUGACCAUUCUUUCUUGGAUAUUCACGAACGAUGCAAUCUUUUUAGGAAGCUGGCUUAGGAUUAGCAUUGUGGGCCAUGAAUCGUGAAAAAGUCAUCGCUGCAGAGGUGGCGGUGAGACUAGAAGCGGCGAGGCUAGAAGCGGCGAGAGAAGAAGCUGCAAGAGAAGCAGCAGUGAGAGAAGAAACUGCAAGAGAAGAAGCAGCGAGAGAAGAAGCUGCAAGAGAAGAAGCAGCGAGAGAAGAAACUGGUGAAGUUUAGAUAUUUGAUUAAAUACUUACAAAUCUGGGUCAUGGAAUGAGGGGUCUACUUAUGAGAUUGAAACCAGUGAGAAUGACACAUUAACUUGUUCUUGCAUAUGAAAUUGAAGCCAGUGAGAAUGGCAACAUUAACUUAUUCUGUAUGCAUUAACUUAUUAGAUAUUCUUUCUUGCUUCCAUUGGUUUUUGCUACAGUAGACGGAGUUAAGAAACUUGAUUCGGAUGGAAUGGAACACACCAUUUUAUGGGUGUCCAAUGCAUGUUCUAAUGCAGAAGUUAAAGCACCUUCAAGGUGUAUUAAAAGUCUGGAACAAAAAUGUCUUUGGGUACUUAAUCUAGUUGUAGCCAAGGCGAUCCAUGAUUUGGAGGUUAUUUAGCAGAAAUUGAUUGUUGAGGGGCAUUCUGAUGAGCUACACGUCCUAUGAAAGCUGCGAAUAAAGGGGUGAAGGUGCUAGGGGAUCAGCAUAUUUAUGAAAUGGGAACUAAAGGGGAUGCAAACACGAAAGUCCUUCAUAAGGGCGCCAAGGUUAGAACUUGAUGGAGAACUGGCAGUUUAUCAUGAGUAUUGAGCAUAUCGUGAGCUAUUUUAAUGGUCUGUAUGCGGGUGCUUCAGACUGUGCAAAAUAACUUUAUUUCUAGGCAUGUGGAGGCUUGUGUUACAACAGGUGAAAAUGCCAUUACACUUGCGCCUGAUAUGCAAGAUGUUAGAGACGCAGUCUUUGCGAUGAAUGCUCCUGGGCCCGAUGGAUUUGAGGCAUCCGUUUAACUAGCUCUCCAUCAGAUUCAAGUUCUAAUCUUGGCCCAGAUGUAUAUUCUACCAAAAAUACAGAAAUCAAUUUUCUACCAAAAUAAAAAAAAAAAAUUAUCAAAAAAAAAAUUUCUACCAAAAAUAAUUUGA